AUGGCGCCGGAUACGAAGUUUGUGGGACUGCCGGUCAUUCCCAGUCUUAAUGCUACGAAUCCGAAGCCGAGAGGGAUUCAGAAGGUCUUCGAAGCGAUUGAACAGGCCGAGGGUGCUGGAGCCACAGUCCGCCGCUCAAUAGGCACACCACGACUGAGGAACUUCACGCCUUUCUUGAUGUUGGAUCACUUUUCAGUCGCUCCAGGUGCUGGCUUCCCAGACCACCCGCACAGAGGCCAGGAAACAAUAACAUACCUCCUCUCCGGCGCCGUAGAUCACGAAGAUUUUGCUGGAAACAAAGGAACGAUCAACGCUGGUGACCUGCAAUUCAUGACAGCCGGCAAAGGAAUCGUUCACGCUGAAAUGCCACACGAUGACGGCACAGGAUCAAGUAAUAUCGGAAUGCAGCUCUGGGUAGAUCUUCCGAAAGAUCUUAAGGCCUGUGAACCGAGGUAUCGAGACCUAAGGGCCAAGGAGAUCCCAGAGGCGACGGCAGACGAUGGCAAAGUGAAGGUCAAAGUAAUCAGCGGUCGCUCUCAGGGUGUGGACAGUGUACAGGAAUUGGCGUAUACUCCCGUCUGGCUAUUGGAUGUGACGAUCCAACCGGGAGGCAAACUCGCCCAGCCUCUCCCCGCCGGCUGGAACUCCUUCGCAUACACUCUCGAAGGCAAGACGACAUGGGAUACCGGUGCGACAAGCCGAGAAGUCCCACAGUACCACAACACCGUGUUUGAGCAGAAGGGAGAUCAAGUCAUUGCCUCAGUCCCGGCUGAUGCGAAGGAGAACGCGAGGUUCAUUCUUGUAGCGGGAUUGCCUUUGGAUCAGCCGAUUGUGCAGUAUGGGCCGUUCGUUUUGACGGAUGCAAGCCAGGUCAGGCGGGCGAUGAUGGAUCAUGGGACGUAUACGAAUGGGUUUGAGAGGGCGGAGGGGUGGGCUAGUGAGAUUGGGAAGGUGAUGGGAUAG